AUGGCAACGCAACUGGUGCCUCUCGCAGAGGUAGAGAGGCUUAGUGCCUCUGUGAUAAGGAUUCUAGGUGGGAAUCCCGGCAAGUUCACACUCCAAGGAACAAAUACCUAUCUACUUGGCUGUGGAGCUAAACGCCUCCUCAUCGAUACCGGGGAGGGCAAGCCAUCGUGGUCAGUGGCGUUGCAGCAAACACUCACCAGUGAACGGGCCACUGUUUCGCACGCGCUGCUAACACAUUGGCACCACGACCAUGUCGGGGGUGUACGGGACUUGAGACGGAUAUGCCCUGAUGUACAGGUGUAUAAGCAUGAUCCAGAGAAAGACGAGGAGCAAUGCGGUAUUGAAGACGGGCAGGUGUUUAGUGUGGUGGGAGCAACUGUGAAGGCACUGCAUACGCCAGGGCACACGAGAGACCACAUUGUGUUUUUGAUGGAGGAGGAAGAAUCCAUGUUUACCGGUGAUAAUGUCCUGGGCCAGGGAACGGCGGUCUUUGAAGAGUUAAAGACAUAUAUGGCCAGCCUGGACAAGAUGGGUGAUAAAGCCAGUGUUAAUGCCAGAGGAUACCCUGGCCACGGGCCGGUGAUUGAGAACUGCAAGUCCAAGAUAACAGAGUAUAUCCGGCACCGGCAGCAGAGGGAAGACGAGAUUCUGCGGGUGUUAAAGUACGGUUCGCUCGAUAGCAGCCAGCCCGGUGCUACGAAACCUUCCGGCUGGACCCCCAUUGAGCUGGUCAAAGUUAUAUAUGCAGCGGUGCCGGAGAGCUUGCAUCUUCCUGCUUCGCAUGGAGUGAUACAGGUCCUGAACAAGCUGGAGCACGAAGGAAAAGUGACCAGCGAUGAACAAACGGGCCGAUGGUCUUGUAGCAGUAAAACAGCGGCCUUGUGA